AUGCUGUUGGGUUCUCCCGACGCUCUUGGUCAAUUCGGUCCAUGGUAUGGAGACACACAAAACAAUUCUCCAACAUCAACUAGCGCUAUCGAAGUCGCUCAACGAAACACCCACGAUCAGGCUUUGUCGCCACACCAAUCUCACCCGAAGAAGAAUUCUAGUCUACUGGGUACCUUCUACCGACUCGCCACGCCCACUGCGUCUGCACGAUUUUCGGAAGAACAUCUCGUGCAGCACUACUUCGCAGAGGUAUGCCCACUAUUCUCAUGUUAUGGCUCGAAUGCCAAUCCCUUUCAUCGCUUGGUCAAGGAUCUGUGGACAGACUCAACGACGAUACAUCGAGCAGUGCAAAGUAUGGCGAUUGCACAUCUCUCCAAUCAGUACCCAUACAUGGCGCCUCUAGGCCGAGCGAAGCGCUCGCAGGCGUGGAGAUCCCUUCAAGCCGACCUUCGUGCAUAUCGAUCCGGCAGGAUAUCGCUUGAGAAAGUUUUGAUGAGCUGUCUACUACUAGGGGUAUCUUCGCCAUGGCAUACUCCGACGAACCUGGGGCUCCCGUACCUGUUCAUAGCUCGGACGCUGAUCCAAGGGUACAUGCGUACUGAAACUCUUCGACCACAUAAUACUCUCAGCGAUGAAAAGUUCUACCUCGACGCUUUCAUGUAUUGGGAGAUGCUUGCCAGCUUCUUUGAACCCGUAGCGAUGACGUCGUUCCCACUUGGUGCUCCUGAUCCACCAAUCCUUAUCCGAGGGGAGGCGGUGACUCCGCACCCUUGGACCGGCAUCGCGCCUGAGCUACACUUUGCACUGGCGGAGAUUGGACGUUUAUCACGAAGACGCACGAAUCGGCUUGCUAUGAAGCAUUCCGAUUCUCAAGCGAUGAUGCAGAAAGACGAGAUGGACUGCGAAUGGGCGUCUUCUCUCGAACGACUUGUCGGGUCCAUACAGCUACCGGCGCCAGACGACAUUGUCGACCAUGGCGACGAGAAAACAUCACGCAGAGACUUGCUUUGGACCACCGAGGCCUAUCGUUAUGUGGGGCUGUUGGAGAUAUAUCUGAUCUUUCCAAGUCUGCUAAGCAAUAGAGUGAACCGAGGUGAUUCGUUUCCCUCGAUGGACGAGCACGUCUUCUUGCCGCCAACCGAGGACACCGGCUUCGCUAAGAAUCAAGAUGCAUGGCUCUCGACUAUUGCAUUACACGCCCUCCGACUGAUAAAGGACAUUCCGUUGUCGUCCGCAGCUUGUCGCAUGCAUCUCUUGGUCCUAGCUUUUGCGGGGAGCUAA